AUGGAUCCACUAUCGAUCAGUUCCAGCGUUAUUGCGAUCGCAACAUUAGCCGCUGAAGUCUGUUCCAAGUUGUCGGAACUACGGUCAUUGUACAAGAGUCUGCCUGGUCGGCUGCACGCUGUCAACAAUGAGGUUGCUGAUCUGGAAGUAGUCCUCCUGGAAGUUGCCUUUGUGGUGAAAAAGCGGCAGACCUUCCUAGAGAAGGAACUAUCCUCCAUUCCCCACCUCUUGAAGCAGGCAUAUACCAAGCUGAAUGAGCUGAAGGCUAUUGUUUUCAAACUCACUGCUGUCUGUCGUGCGGGGCGAGUGCCCAUAUCUUUGGUUCUUUCCUGGAGGAAGGAGGAGCAGACCAAGUUACAGGUGCUGCAAGAUGAUCUUCGAACGAUCAAGAGCAGCUUAAAUAUCAUGCUCGGGGCUUCAAACUCGUCAGUGUCCUCACAUGGGAUUGUCUUACAUUGUGGGUUAUCGCCGAAGCUGACCUCGAAUGCUAGGCAUGAUAUGAUGAAAAUCCGUCUGGAAAUCGAGUCGUUUUCUACAAUAGCAGCACAUUCAAUGCAGCAGCAACAGGUUGCGUUGCAAAACCAUUUUAGCGGCGCUCUUGUGGCAGUUAACGAGCGCAUAGCAAGGGUAGAAGAGAUGCUUCGCGAGCAGGCCCUUCAAGUCAGUGAAAGCCAAACCAUCCAGGUGGGCUCGUCGUACAUUGCAUCUCAACCUCGUCAAAGGCUGCCAGGGAUAUCUAAACCCACCGUGCUACCCGCUUCCCCGCGCUCGGAGGGUAUCGGUGUGAGAGUCGCACCAUUCAUCGUUACCUGCGGACCAAAGUGCAUUUGCGCAUGCCAUCGUGAGAAGAAGUCAGCGACUCCUGCAUUCCUUGACCAGGUUGUUGAACGGCUUUUUGUCGGAUACUCUGGAAUUCCCGCCUUGAGUCCGAGAUGUACUCUCGAUACCUGCCAAAAGUCACGAGCAAGUCAAGUCAGCCUGGAGUACUGGUUCCCGAUCGGCUUCUGGUCGUCCACAAUUGUUAGAAUGCAGGUGGGCUAUCAGCCUAAUGUUGGAUCACUGUUGCAGUUGGAUACGCUGAGACGAGUACCGGACACCGCGCAGUGCGUGAACUUUGCUCUCAACGGGGAUAUUGAGGGCUUGAAAUAUCUCUUUACUCAUGGCCUCGCCUCUCCGCGGGACAUCAGUACUACUCGAGGAUAUUCCGUCCUUCGAUGGGCGCUGUACGGAAAACAAUAUGAGACUUGUGAGUUCCUUAUUCAUGCUGGCGCAGAUCCAGACUACAGACCCAUCGCUGCAAGCGACAAUAGCCCGAAAAACAAAGCUUGUCAUUUCCUUCUCGAAGGGGGGCUGCCAGACAAUGCCGUCAAGGCUCUUCGCACGAUAACAAAAGGCGGAUAUUUAGAUGAGUUCAUAGAGAACUCCAAUUUUACCCAGACUCACAAGAUUAUCCUAGGCAUAUCCAUGAACAACCUGGAGGAGGAGAUUAUUCAACAUCCUGAGGAUAUCAACGCUGUUGAUGCAAUGGGCCGGACUCCACUAGCUUGGGCAGCGGCAAGAGGGGACACUCGAGCGAUCGUCACUCUGCUAAGUCAGGGAGCUGACCCCAAUAUCAUGGAUGUGCAACUCUCAGGUCCCUUUUCAAAUGCAGCGGCGCAAGGCCAUACUGUCAGUGUUCGUCUUCUCCUGGAAGCCGGUGCAUAUCCCGAUACCGCCAAGUUCACCGGAGUGAGAAAAGGGAGCCCCCUCAACUGUGCCGCACGGAAUUCUCGAAGUGUCGUAUUGCUCAAGAGUCUCUUAGACUUUGGAGCAGAGGUAGAUGCCUCUGGAACAGAUGGCAAAACUGCCCUCCUCCAAGCGGCACGUAUCGACAAUCCCAGUUUUGCUAUGCUCCUGCUGGAAUAUGGAGCAGAUAUCAAUGCCACUGCUGCCGAUGACUCGACCCCUCUUACGACUGCAAUCACCUAUAACAGCCACAAUGUCCUUCGGCUGAUCCUUGAUCGUUGGCAUGAGUACUCUUCUUGUCCCCGUCUCAAGGGACCGCAUCUUUUGCAGAUUGUCGCGCUGUAUGCUGAUUUGGAGACCAUUAACAUCCUCGCGGGAACUGACCAUUUCCGGGCGAAGUAUGACAAUCGAUAUACUCAUGGGGAUUUCUCUGAUCACCUGCGCCAGCGGCCCGAUUUCACGGAAAAGUUGGCGGUUGCGUUCGAUGAGCUUCUGACUAUCAUUAAUCAGCGACCAGUUGUGGAUGAGUCGCUGGACAGCCUGAUGGAGGCUGGGUUUUUCUCUUGUUUACCUUCCCGAGUCAACUCGCGACAGGAAGAUAUGCUCCAAGAGCCCGGCAGUCCUGCCAGCUCGGAUGAAAGCUUUGCAGAUGCAUUGGACUACGUGUCUAUAUCCUGA